AUGAUCGUCACUCGAUGUGACACGGCACACAGAAACUCCCUCGCAUCCCCACAUCUCACCUGGCAACACCCUCGCAUCCCCACAUCUCACCUGUCAACACCCUCGCAUCCCCACAUCUCACCUGUCAACACCCUCGCAUCCCCACAUCUCAUCCGUCAACACCCUCGCAUCCCCACAUCUCACCUGGCAACACCCUCGCAUCCCCACAUCUCACCUGGCAACACCCUCGCAUCCCCACAUCUCACCUGGCAACACCCUCGCAUCCCCACAUCUCACCUGUCAACACCCUCGCAUCCCCACAUCUCACCUGUCAACACCCUCGCAUCCCCACAUCUCACCUGGCAACACCCUCGCAUCCCCACAUCUCACCUGUCAACACCCUCGCAUCCCCACAUCUCACCUGGCAACACCCUCGCAUCCCCACAUCUCAUCUGUCAACACACUCGCAUCCCCACAUCUCACCAUUCGAUCCUGUUCUGUCUGCAUCCAUAA